CUUCCCUUCUUUUUUUCCCUUUUUCUUUUUGCAAACCGCUUUUUAAAGCAACGAAUCGCAGCAAUUGCGCAUCCAGGAGAAUCCGCGCGCCACCCGAACGCAUUUGGGAGAUUUAAUCCUUGCGUGGGCGGGGAAAAAUAAAUACAAAUCAGUGGCUUGCAAACAGUAGCUCAACCCGUCCGGUUCCUUGGCGAUUGCAAUUUAUUUUCUUCCCCUUUUUUUUGGCCUUUUCUUACGAGGAGGUGCUGGACGGGUUAAACCGAUAGAGGGCUGAGCGUCCCAGAGAGGACGAGAAACUUGAGCUUACAAGAGCCCCUUAAUACCCGAGGCCCUUUUCUGAUGGGAGGAGAGAAAGGCGCACACAUACAGAAAGGGAGGCUGGAUUUUUAUUUUUUUUAAUUCAAAGAAGAGUUUGCAUGAAAAAUAACAAUAAUAAUUGUUCCGUUGCAAUAGGAAACCGCAGAUCCUCCGGGGAAAAAAUGCAUUCGGGAACAUGCACGGUAGAAGGCCCUGCCAUCAGACAUUGAUCUCCGUUUGCUUCUGAGGCAAAGACGACCCUAUUGCAGCAGCCAGUUUUUCCACAGGUGUAAGUCAGAAGGCGGAGGCCGGACGCAUUCCUCUCCCAGAGAAACCCUUCGCGUUUUCAGAGAAGGCCGGCGGGUAGGCUGUCUCAAAAUGGCCGCCAAGCGGGGCGCGACUUCGAGCCUCCAUUUGCAGGGCGAGCUGGAGCAGGUGGCCCGGCGGCGGAAGAAGAUGGAGGUUGAGGAGGACGAACACGAGAACCCCGAGCCAGAGGAAGGCUGGCGGGGGAAAGGAGAGGCCUCCCGCGGCCCCCGAGACAAAGAGGAGAGGCUGCCCAGGGGCCGGACGGCUCAUCAGAAGGCCCUCCUCAACGCCGCUCGCUCCCCUCGCGCGGGGUGGAGAAACCCGCCAGCGUCCCGGCCAGCGGAGUGGGAAGACAGGCGAGCCUUUCCGUCCUCCCUCGAGGGGCCGGCAGCGGCCCGCCCGUGGCCCAGGAGCGGACGGGCGUCCCGCCACCAGCAGGGCCUGGCUGGGGAAGGCCCCGAGGCCCACAACAGCCUGGACUCCGGGGAGAUUGGCGAAUCCGGGGUGGUGAAAGUGAAGGAGGAGGUGUUGGGCGACGACUCGGCCAGCAUGGAGAUGAAGCGCCAGCGCUUCCGCCAGUUCCGCUACCAGGAGGCCGAGGGCCCCCGUGAGGUUUGCAGCCAGCUCUGGUACCUGUGCCACCGGUGGCUGAAGCCAGAGAGGCACACCAAGGAGCAGAUCCUGGAGCUGCUGAUCCUGGAGCAGUUCCUGGCCAUCCUGCCGCCAGACCUCCAGAGCUGGGUGAGGGAACACGAACCAGAGACGUGCUCCCAGGCGGCCGCUUUGGCCGAGGAUUUCCUACAGAUGCAGAGGGAGGCGGAGAGAAGGGAGCAGCAGGUGCUGGGUCUCUUCGAAAUGGACAACGCAGAUUCUCCAGAGCCAGAACCAGAGCAAACCCCCUCCGACUCUGCGCCAAAGCCUCUUUUCAGGGAAGCAAAGCAAGAGGCCGAUGAGGAAGAGGGCAGCAAUUUGGGCAACCUUGGGCAAGUGGCGCCCCGGGCAGGCGGCCCUCUCCCCCUGUACCCAGAGGAGGGCAGCUCCGACGACGAGGGCCUUAUUGGACCUUGUCUAUGCCGCCAACCUUGAGAUCCACAGCCGGCGGCCGCCCCGGAGGACCCGCCUCAUCCGGAUGCGCACCCACGAGCUGCAGGUGUCCGACGAGGAGUGCUUGACCCGCUUCCGCCUGGACCGCCA